GUUGUGGGCCGUCGUGGGUGACAGAGCGCAAUGCUCGCUCGGGGCCGCCGUUCGCUUCUCGUGCCAACAAAGGUCUGGGAACGGCGGCCCGCGUCGAGCGUUUCAACGCUCUGCAUGCCCAUUAGGUCUUCGUAGGGGAGGAGUCUCGAAAUUUAUCCAUUGAAAUUGAUGGUGCAGCGGUGUGUGUAUGGUAUUGAGACGUUGUAAAGGCAGAAUAAUAUAACAGAGGCGCGCUGUGUUUCCUCGGGCCAGUGUCGGUCGGUCGGGCUUCGCAGCUUGCCUUAUUUUGCUGAGAGCCAGCUGAAAGUUUUUUUUAUGUUGCACUCUGAAUGUGAAGCAACCGCGGCAGGCAUUGGCACCGAUAAUAAAUUUUAUGUUAUUUCCCUGGAACGCAAUUUACAUUCCUGCUCGCUCUAAAUUUGCUGUAGCUCGUACGGCCUUUGUAAAGGGCCUCAAAUGUUCGAGGGCGGCCAGCGGCCGCUCUCCGGAAGGGAGAACGAGAGAGAGACGUGCGUUCAGUUCAAAGGGUAGAAAAGUUCUAAUUUUAUUUGGUUUGCAGUUGUACCAACUGUACAAUAUUUACAUAUGUAUGUAUUAACUUACCAACAUCACAACACCUCCCGCCUAAGAUAAAAACAAGUUUUAAUUUACGCACUUUAAGGAGAACUGUGGCAUUUGGCGUUGGAGCAAGAAAUUGAUUAAUUUGGAAACAUUGUUACAAAAUCACAUUUACAUCCAUUCACAAGAAUUACUCUUACUCAAAAACCUUUGAAAAUUUGUUUACUAAAUUGAGUUCCUUGAUUAAACUCUAAAAUUAAUUCUCAGAUUAGGAAAUUUAAGUUGAAACUUUAAUUGAUUUUACUUUCCUGAAUUUUUAACGGAAAUUUGGUUGUUUAAAACUGUAUUUCUGCAUUACUAAUUUACUUGAAUUUCGCUCAAUCACUAAAUUUUCAAAUGAAAACCGAAAAUGUUCCAGCACACUUGGCACGGUCUGAACUGCCAGUUGCUGUUCUCAUCUUCUCCAUGCUGGAUGGACACUCGGCUCCUCGUUUUACACCUCGGACUCUUUGUAGUCCGGUACUUCUAAGCGACCCCUGAGGAGAUCCCCUCCACUCAGGUCGACGGCCCAAGGAUGCGGUUGCACCCUUCGGGUCCCUCACAUGAUGGCCAGAGAAGGCGGCUGCCUCCUCCCGGCGUCUCAGGUGGACAGGGCGCCACACGCCUUCUGUCCGACGGCCUCCGAUGUCUCGGCCGUUGGUGCUGGUGCACACCCUUUUCUCUUGGCAGCUACUUGUCCUGCUGCUCUUGACUGCUUUCUUGAGUCCAACUCUGGUUGAAGUCCUUUUCGAGGCGGGGCUUCCUUGCAGCUGACUGUGGUCUCGUCUUCUCCUUGGACCACCUUGUCGCUCCACAAGUUCCGCUCCAGACUCUUCUCCUUCCUUCCUCUUUCUUUUCUUUCUUCUUUUUUACGGAACCUCUUUUUUCUUCUUGAGAGGCCCUCCUUCUUCACUGCCGUGUGUUUUCUUAGUGGCUACGUACAAGCAAUCAGGUUAUAGAUUUUCUCAGGAAUGGUGUGCUGCAAAUCUAGUCAUUUAAUUACAACAACUUACUACCAUUUUUUUUUCAAAACCUUUGAGAAAAACCCCUCUUUUUUUUAAGGCAAAAGUCUCGAAGACUCCUUUUUGGCCUGGAAUUUCUUCCCUCUGGCCCUUGAGUUCUCACCUUAAACUUCACUAGAUUAUUUCCAGUCUCGAAGACACUGAUGGUGGAAAUAAUAUUCUGCGGCUAGUGUUUCACUUGACAAUGCUUUGCACCCUCUUUUUUUCUCACCACGUUUUCGGCUCGACUUGCUCACCACUUGCAGUGCUGAUUUUUCGCAAUCAGACGCGGAGACUUCUUCUUUUCCCUUGUAGCGGUGCCGCGUGAGGGCGCGCACCUCACAGUAAAAUCUCCCCCGAGACCCUCCUCGGACCACUCCUUCUUUCUCAUGCCGGACACGAACGAGCAACACAAACAAAUUCUCUCUGUCCGUCGCUAUCUCAAUUUAUCCGACACCCACGCCUGGGUUCGGAUUAAACCUGAAUCAAGAACUACUGUCGUUUCAUUUCUCAAACGACCCUUCUGUGGCCCAAGCGCCACAGUGGUGCCCAGCCCUUUGGUACUUCAGUAGAUGUCUACCGAAGGAACCGGCGAUCUCGCCAAAAUCAACGCAGUCUCCGAGCCUGACCUUCCGCCCUCGACUGCUGAUCAACCACGCUCCCCAGCAGAUGCAAACACCUUGGCCUUCUUCGACGAAGUGGCCCGCGACGCUGCGCAACCAACGCCGCCCCUGACCGGCGACCCAGACGCGCAACCUCCACAGGAGCAACCAGAUACUCCGCCAGUUUUCAACUUCAGGAUCAUGGCCAACAUCUCGAUGCCCAUGUUUGAGUACGAGACUGCCAUGACUUGGCUGAAACUGCUCGACGACAAAUUCGCCGAGGAAAACCUCGCAGACGAGCCCCAGAUGUUUCGGUUCCUGCGCGACUUCAUCCCUAUCAACGGCACACCUGAGUCAAUCCUGUGCCACCUGGCACCCAUGCCAAAAUCUCAGCCCUACACCACGCUCAAGACGGCGAUCCUGACACACGUCGAGCCCACUACCCAGGCGCGCGUCCGUCAACUCAUGAUUGACGAAAGUCCAAAUGGCGCAAAACCAUCCGAGUUCCUAGCCAGGAUGCAGCGCAUCGCAGAGUCUGACGCCACUCACCCCAUGAUGAAUGAGAUGCUUUUCUCGUGCUGGGCAAACAAGCUGCCCGACAACAUCAGGCUGGCCAUCAGCGGCGAACGUGACGUCACUGUGGCUGCAGCCAGAGCAGACAUGAUGGUUGCCAGAGACCACACCAACGCUGUGACACACUCCUUCUCCACACCUGCACCCCAACUUUCUGCCAUCAAACACACCACCAACAAAACCAACUCCACCUCUUACUCUGGAGGCACACCCACAAGAGUUGACCGUCUGGAAACCAAACUGGACGACCUGGCUCAGCAAGUCCUGGCCCUCACACAGUCAGUCCAGACCCUGCUGAACAACAAGUCUGACAGCUUCAACAGAGGCAGAUCCAGAUGGCGCAGCAAAAGUCGCACAGGGGAGCGAUCCAAGUCCAGGUACACAGACCUCUUCGAUGACGGCAACGCUGCCGGCAAGAUCUGUUACUAUCACAAAACGUUCCAACUGGACGCCCGCAAGUGCAUCACAGGCUGCCGCUACCACUCCAGUCACCAGUCCUUGCAGGCCGCCGCCGCCAUCACCCCCACGCCGGCGAAAAACUAACUGGGCAGGCUGCAGCAGCGGCCACACCCUGCCCCAGUUCACCCGGCCGCCUCUUCAUUUUUGACCCCACCUCCAAGAUGUCCUUCCUGAUGGACACAGGGUCCGACAUCAGCGUCCUUCCCCAAAAGUUGUUCCCCCACAUGAAACUUCCCCUCCACUACAAUCUCACCGCCGCCAAUGUGACA